CUUUUUUUUUUAAUGCUUACAGCAACAACCUCAACAGCAACAUCAAAACCAACCACCACUUCAGCUAAUGGGUGUACAAAACAAACAACAACAACCAUUCAGAUUGCAGCCGCAACAGCAAAAAAAACGUUUAUACAGAUGUCAAGUAUGUUCUGCAUCUUUUGAUACUAGAUCAGAUUGCCUGGAGCAUAUUCAUAAGGAUCACAACCAGCCACAACCAUCCACGACAGAGGAAAGAGAAACUGAAGUUACUACUGUAAAUGAAACUGCGUCAGCAUUACCACAUAAUAUAUCUAAUUCUAUAGAGAAUCAACAAGUGGUAAACAAUGAUGAUGCUAAUCAUUUAACCGAAGACAAAGGUACUAUGAACUCGAAUACGGACUUAAACAUGUUGUUAAAUGACAAUAUCCCAGAUGAAAGCUCUGAAGUUCCUGUGCAAGAGGUACAGAAUAUUCCUGAGAACAUGUCUGACCAAGCCGAACAACUUUUGCAAGUUACCCACGAAAUUUCUGUCACAAACGUUGAUAUAGGUGACAUGGCGAUUGGAGGCGGUGAAACUGGAACAGACCAUUUGGAUAUUGAGUCAAUGUUGGCUGCCAUUCAUAAUGAUGUCUCUCCACCAAAUGAUGGCGGAAAUCCACAAAAUUUGUUAUAAAAACUUUGUAAUUGACUAAUUCAUGUUCUAUCUUAACUAUUAUUACUUGAUAAUAAAUUAAUUUGAUGCA